UAUUAACAUCUUUGAGAACUAUCCGUGAUCAAUCGAGGGUUUCGAGAAGGAGAUUUUCCUGAAAUCAGUUGGCAUGAAUGAAACUAUAAUCAUUUGCGGCGAUUUUAAUGCGAAGUCUACACUACGGGUUGAUGAGCGUUGUGAUACCAGGGGUAGAUUCUUGAAAGGUGUUCUUUUGUGUGAAUAAUGGAGACCUAACCUUUAUUACACCGAACUCCAGAUCAUCAGUGAUUUGAUUUUUUGUAAUAACCUGUGCAAUAUAUCCAGCUUGAACGUGGACGAUAACUUGAAGGAUUUUGUGUCGAGAGUGGAUAAGGCAAGAGAAGCAGCAUCAAUUGAAACAUAGGAUAAUAAAAAUAUAUCCCGAAACGCUGGUGGAACGAGGAAUCGGCCAUGCUCUUUACUCUUUCUCUUCUUUACUCCGUAGGACAACAGAUGCAUACGAGAAAUUGAAAAAAGCAGAUGACGAGCUGAAAGAUCACAUUUUCAAAGGAAGAAGGAGAGUUUUAGGAGCUUGAUUGAUAAUUUAUCUAAUGAAAUAUAUAUAAAUUACCUUAACGUUUUAUUUGUGAAGAAUAGUAGGGAUGGAAUCGUUUAAAUGCAGUAUGAAUUGAAACCAUCACACAUUGGGGAAACAUUGCGUAAAGUGUGAUCGGGUGAGGGCCCUUAGAAGUAAUUUUAUACAAAAUCUCUAAAAUAUUUUAUGUAUGAUUACUUUUCUCGAAAACUGUAAGUAAAUGCAGCUUGGCAAAUUCAAAUGUAACUCGCCAAUAGUCACAAGCAAAUAUUGUAUUAAUUAAUAACGUUUCGCUAUAUAAUAAAUAAUAAAUAAAUUUAUUGAAAUAUCGAUAUUUAAUGGAUUUCGAAAUAUAUUUCUUACUGUUGACAUGGCAUCUGUAUUAUCGUAUUUCAUCGGUAUCAACAUUUAUCCACGACAAGGAACCUAAAUGCUCAUAUGAAAAUACUGUGAAUUUAACAAAUCAUCAUAAAUUUCAAAAUGGUUCAUUUUUGUAUCAAGGAAAAAUAAUACCACCGGAGAUAAUAGCUCUCUAUGAUUAUGCUGUAUUAUGGGGAACGAAUAAAUCGGUUCCGUUGCAUGUGAGAGGUUGCAUUUGUGAUAAAUAUCCUUGCAUUAGAUUGUGUUGUGAAAAGGAUGAAUAUUUCGAUGAAAUUACAAAAAAAUGUGAAAAACUAAGAAAGGAUAUAGUAAUGAUUUGGCAGUUACGAAUAGAAGGAGUUGUUGGCAAAUUUAAAGUUUCGGAUAUUCUAAAUGAAUUUGUGAUUGAAAUUGGUUUAUCCUGUUUGGAAACAAUGACAUUAAAUCUUAUUGCAGAUACCACGACAUUGUCUGAAACGGGAGUGUUACAAACGCCUUAUAAACGAUUCGAAAGUUUUGAAUUUUGUUAUUCGCCGCGUACGACAGAUAAUUCCAUUUAUACGUUAAAACCGUUUACUUGCCUCUUAAACGUUGAUAACCUCGAAAAGAAUAAACUAAGCAAAGGUACGUUUACACUGAUGAAAUUUCUAUCAACAUCAGAAAAUUUGAAAAUUAUCGAGGUAAAAGAUUUUAUAUCUAUUUUAUUUUUAAUUCCCACCAUAUUAUUGUAUUAUUUUCUAAAAGAAUUAAGAGAAAAUCUGAGUGGUAAACUAUAUUUCUAUUAUCUUUAUGCUAUAACACUGAGUAAUGUCACUUUUGCUCUUCUUAAUACAAUGUAUUUUCUCUGGAAUGGUAUAUGGAUCAUCAUAAUGGGUUUUACAGGUUUAGCUCUUCAGAUAAUUGCCAUUUCAUGGCUGUGUGUAUUCUCCUACGAUAUUUGGAAAAAUUGCAAAUCUAAAACGAUUUCUAAGCUGUUUACUAUAUACUACGUGUGCGUUGGCUUGAAUGUGAUUCUGGCAUCUGGUUUAAUAAUUCUUAAAAAAUUGUCUAAAAGUUAUCCUUUGGAAAGUGAAGAAAUUUUCGAUGAAGUAUUGUGGUGGAGAAAUCAAAGAUGGUCUUCACUUCAAAUUAUCAUUCCAACUGUUUUAAUACUAUUAUUCAAUUGUGUAAAAUUGAUCUAUAUAAUGGUAGUUAUCACAAACAGGCCUAACAGUGGGACACAAAAUAAAAAGAUUUUCAAAAAGAAUGUGAUUAUCUUCUUGCGUUUAUUCAUAAUAUUGGAUAUACCAUGGACCUUUAAAAUCUUAAAAUUUUCAAUUGCUGAUGCCGUUGAAGGGCUGAUGAUAUUUUUGGCGUCUGUUUUUAGAAAAAAGAUUUGGAUAUUACUGCAACAGAAUAUUAAAAAGAAUCGAAUACCGGAAGAGAAUGUUAUCAAUACAGAAGAACUUAUAGAAUAAUAUCAGUAUUUUUGUGUAAAAUAUUUUAAAUUAAUGUUUAUAUUUACCAUGAAUACAGUAGGUAAUAAAUAAAAA